AUGGACUCAUCCAGCAAAGGUUCGGAGACGUUCAUCGAAAAUGACGUUGCAGAGGUCGAACGCAAGACCGAAGAGCACCCCUUGCCCGAAGAAGAAACGACCGAUCCUCACGACCCCUUGACCUGGAGCCUUGUCCGCAAACUAACCAUCCUCUUCGUCGUCGGCAUCUGGAUUCUCCUCGGCACUGCUAACAUGAUCAUCAUCGGACCCGCGCUUGAGGUCGUGCCCAUGGAAUUCCACUCCUCAUUCUCUUCCUCUACUUACCUCAUCGGGGGACCCUUAUUGGCAUAUGGCGUUUCUUCUUUCUUCUGGGUCCCACUGGGCAAUCGAUACGGCGUACGGCUCGUCUUCGUCGUCAGCACCUCGAUUGCGGGCUGUAUGAACUGUUGGGCCGCCAAAGCCACGAGCUUUGGAAGCCUUGUGGCUGCAAGGACGUUGGCCUCGGCAUUUUAUGCACCUCCAGAGACACUGGCGCCUCAAAUGGUCGGAGACGUCUUUUACUUGAAGGACAGGGGGAAAGCAAUGACUUGGUUUGGUAUACUCCAGGCCUCUGGCUUUGCUGGUGGACCUCUGAUUGGAUCUUUCAUCAUUCAGAACUCUGAUCUUGGAUGGAGGUGGGUCGAAUGGAUCCUCGCCAUCAUCACCUUCGCGACCGCUGUUGGUCUGUUGCUCUUCUUCCCCGAGACUCAAUAUACUCGAAACUUCUCGGCGACACGACGGGAGAGAUCUUGGAAAGACAAUUACCGAUUUUGGCCCGUCAGUGGUGGAGGGAAACCAAAGGAUCACAGCCUUGCCCAUGGAUUUAUGAUGAUAUUUCCAUACUUCUGCCACCCGGUAAUUAUUUUGAACCUGACUUUCUUUUCGCUCUGUUUGGUAGUCAAUAGCUACCUCUUGACAACUCAGUCCCUUACUUACCUGAUUGUCUAUCCAUUCUCGGUCGGCGAGUCGGGUCUCACGUUCAUUGCACCUCUGAUCGGCACCUGGCUGGCGAUGCUCUUCUGCGGUGUACUGGCAGACCGUCUAUUUACCCGAUGGACGAAGAAGGAAGGACGAAAACCGAAGCCUGAGCACCGUCUUCCUCUGCUCGCGUUCACGGGCUUCAUUGGUAUCGGAGGGCUCCUCUUGUUCGGUAUCUGUACACAAGAAUAUUGUCACUGGGUUGGACCCUUGUUCGGGUCAUGCUUCGUAAGCUUCUGCUUUAUCGCCUCCCUGAGUAUUUCCUUCGCAUAUCUGCUCGACGUCUACGAAGCGCGCAUGGACACCGUCAUGGUAAUAUACAACGGGAUGAAAAACCUCGCAGCCUUCGGAAUCAGCUAUGCCAUAGUUCCCUGGAACACAAGCGCGGGUUACACCGUGCCAUUUGUGGUGAUGGCGGUGAUUUUAUUCGUCGCGCAUCUGCUGAUGGUACUGGUUUACUGUAGAGGGGAGGCAUUGAGGAGGUGGGCGGCCGAGAGGUUUGAGACCGCGAAGGAUACGCAUCAUGGUGAUGCCUUCUAG